AUGACCAGUGAUAUGGAAACUGAUGCAGUCAGAGUAGAGUCGAGCCUAUGGAUCCAAAACAAACGGUACCGGGCACUGCUGAGCGGAUGGUAUUUCAGCUGGACUGAAGUCGACAAGAAAAACAGAGACAGGAAGACGGUUUCAGUGCCUGUGUCAGAGGUGAUUGCUGUGGAGGAGGGUCAAGUGGACAUUCAACCCCAAAAGAGAGUGGAGGACACAGACCGAGAUUUCACACUGUUUUAUGUAAAACGCAAUAUCAGAAGCAGGGGGCAGUGUACAUCAUGGAGCCUGGGCCGGACCCAGUUCUGCUGUCCCAGCCGUGACCUCCGAGACCAGUGGGUAGGACAACUGAGAACAGCUCUCAAAACCCACAGCCCCUCUCGGCCUCACAGGUUGUUGGUCUUCAUUAAUCCCUAUGGGGGAAAGAAGAGAGGGAAACAGAUCUAUCACUCCUUGGUGGCUCCUCUGUUUGAGCUGGCUGGCAUCAGCUCUCAUGUUGUAGUUACGGACCGCGCACACCAGGCGAGAGACCAUAUCCUGAAGAAAGACCUCACUGGCUUUGAUGGGGUGAUUUGCGUGGGCGGAGAUGGAAUGUUUAGCGAACUGCUGCAUGGCGUGAUUGGACGAACACAACAGGAGGCGGGCAUAUCAGAACAUGACCCGAACGCUGUGUUGCAGCCAUGUGACCUUCAUAUUGGUAUUAUUCCAGCAGGCUCCACAGACUGUGUAUGCUUUGCCACAGUUGGCAUAAACGACCCAGUUACUUCAACCCUACAUAUUAUAAUCGGGGAUUCUCAGCCUUUGGACGUGUGUUCAGUCCAUCAUCACUCCAUGCUGGUGCGCUACUCCGUCUCCCUGGUGGGUUAUGGUUUCUACGGCGACGUACUGGCGGAGAGCGAGCGGCACCGCUGGAUGGGGCCAGUCAGAUAUGACUAUUCAGGCUGCCUGAUGUAUCUGUGUAACCGGAGUUAUCCGGGAAUAGUGGAAUAUCUUCCCGCUGAUCCUCAGCGUUCCAGCCCCCGAGACAACAGCCGCUGCCUCUCAGGGUGUCAUGUGUGUGCUGAGAGCACAGAGAGACUGUUUCCCCAUUCAGACACCAGUUCACUCUACAGCUCGAAGCUCAGCCAGUACAGCAGUGAGUCAGAGGGUGAGUGGGUGAGGGUGGAGGGCAGGUUCAGGUGUGUCUCCCUUACCUGUAUGUCCAGCUCCUGUCCUCGCAGCCCAAAGGGUCUCUCCCCGUCGGCCCAUUUAGCUGAUGGGACAGGAGACCUCAUCCUGGUGCGAGACACAAACCCCCUGGGCUUCCUUACCUACCUGCACAGACACACCACUACUCAGGAUCAGUUUGACCUGCCCUUUGUGGAGGUUCACCGCGUCAAAGCCGUCCGAUUCUCUCUUCCACCUGGAGAAGUGGAGGAGGAAGAAGAUGACCACGAGGAGGAGAGAGGUCGACAGAGCAACACAGAGGAAGGGCCAGAAGAUCCUGAGAAACACUUCAGUCACAAUAUCGACAACAGAAAGAGCAUCUCACAGCAGCACUUGGCAGAGUGGGUUAAAGGCAGAGAGACGGCAAACAGUAAGAAGAGAAAGAAGGUUUUCCUCUGCGGGCCGUGCUGCUCCAAACCUCCAUCAGUGUCGGUGUGGAACUGUGACGGGGAGAUUCUUCCACAGACUGAGAUUUCGUGCAGAGUGCAUGGCCAGUUGGUGAGGCUUUUUGCCAGAGGCAUAGAGGAUGGGGCGGUACCCUGGACAUGCCACGAGGGCAACAGAAACUGCAAAGCGAGGUGUUCUCUACACAACUGA